AUGUCUCUACUGUCAUAUGGUAAUAAUAAUAAUAAUAAUAAUAAUAAUAAUAAUAAUAAUAAUAAUAAUAAUAAUAAUUAUAAUAAUGUUAAUUCUACCACUGAUAUUAUUUUUUUAUUGCUAUUACCAUUAUUAUUAUUACUAAUGCCUAUCUACAUUUACUAUACACACAAUGCUAAUAAGUUAUUAUUAUUAUUAUUUUCAUAUUACAGCAAUAAUGAUAAUAAUAACAAUGUUCAUUUGCAAAAUGUAACCCCAACUAAUCAAUAA